AUUUCCAGCGCCUCUUCACUUUCUUCCCAUCCCGUCGUUAUAACUUGCCACAGCAAGGAAAACGUAUUAUUUUGUUUCACGCUCACGAAUUAUUUCCGGAACACGUAAUGGAAGGCCCAUCAGGUUUCAAGACAAUGCCAAUUGAACUGUUGGAGGACAUAUUCCAAAGGCUUCCCGUCAAAAAUAAAGGAAGGUGCUCUCAAGUUUGUCGGCAAUGGCAACGAGGCUUCAAUUCAAAACUUUCAUGGCGCAAAUUCACCUUUCAAGACGGGAUUUUUGUCCGUCGCAAGUAUACACAACACUCCGGUUGGCAAUAUCAUAUUGAUCAUUGGCGAUUGAAAAAUCUCAUCACAAACACUACAAGUUCUUGGAGAACCUUGAACGUUGAGCCAGUCAGCAAUAUCUUCAAUCUCUACGAGUUUUUCCGCGUACUUGCAAAUUACUCUGAAUAUUAUGAAAAAUUCAGUUCUCAAGACCGACCAAUGGCAAAAAUUCACACAUUUAACUUCAAAUGGCAUCUUCACGUUGACGAAAAUGAGACGGGAGGAUUUAUUGCUGGAAAAGACGUGGGAACUGGUGGACAAAUUCUGCACAGUUUGAAAACUGUACUCAAUUAUCUCCAUGGGCUCAAAUCUUUGUCUUUAGUGGAUCUUCAACUAACACAUGACGAGGCCGAUGAUUUUUUGUCGACUCUUCUGGAAAAGUUCUAUGAGAAGUUGACGUAUUUGAGUCUCCUAAACGUGACGCUCUAUCCAAAGCCAUUACUUCAAGUUGGAUGUUUUCUGAAGCUCAGAAAGCUGUUGGUGUCGCCGCAGAUGUUGAGCACCGACACGCUUUCCGCCAUCGCUUGCCUCGAGCAUCUGGAGACCCUCUCCAUUGUUCAGGUAACCGCUACUCCAUACUCCCUUUUUCCUCCUACUUCAUCAGCUACUGAUUCCUUUGUGUUUCAGGACGAAAAAAGUAGCCAGUCGACGGAUAUUUGCCGGAAUGCGUGGGACAUGUUCGUCAAGCAGAACAUGGAUCGAACACGUGUCUGGCUUAUCCUACGAGGAAAACCCAAAAUGUCACUGAUUAUCCAACCAGGCGCCCCGAUAUACGGAAUAAAAAUGGAAAACAGUGCCGGACAGCUGACAAUGGAGCUUGCAGAGCAGAUUGCAAACUACUACGGUGCCACACUUCGCCACUUCAUUCAAUGUGGAUUAGAAAGAAUGAAAAGAGGAAAGAAAAUGGAAGAACGUGUUGACUCCGCGCUCAUUGAAAUUGUUAGCAGAUGCCCGAACUUGGAGCGGCUUGCCUGUCGUGAAAGAAUGUCCUAUGGAACAGCAGUGAUUCUUUCGGUGUACGCAGAGAGAAUUGGCUUUGGAUUAUGGAUUAGAAAAAAUGCGCUGUUGAAACGAAUUUGCUGGUGCCGACUUGAUAUGGAAGCGCAGGCAAUUCACUUUGACUGGCUAAAGGCAAGAUGUCGUUCCGAAGAGCUUGUUAUUGUAACAAUUCAGCGUAACACGAAUCAAAUGAACCCUGUUCUAGAUGACAAAUCGUACAAAUCACUGUGCUUGUAAAUCUUUAACGCUUGUAAAAAUGACAUUUCCCCAAUUUCUUGUCCAAACUGUCCUGAGUGAUUAUUGUAUUUGAACCCGUUGCUAAUAUUUGUAUUCAAUCAUUUAUAUGUGCCUUCCCAUCUAUGGACUAUCUGAAUAUAGAGUUACUAGUAAUGUAUGUAUAAAAGUGUGAAUGUAUAAAUAAACGUGAUAAGUAUGA